AUGAUUGCGCCUACAUCGCGGACCGUACCACCAGCGCGAAUAGGCGCACUCGGUCGGACGCCCAUGAUCACCCUGCAACCCGAAAUUCAGCCAAUCUCGUUAGAGCGCCAGAAGCCUCUCAUAAGCCAUAUCAGCUAUGACAGCCCACCCGCCGAGCCAACUUCGUCUGCGUAUCAAAACCCUCUCAUCCACCCUGUCAACUACACCAGCUCACCCUCUGAGGCGCCCUCGCUGUCAGCUCAGGCACAGCCACGGACAACCCCUCGCGCAGCGGGAUCACCGGAUAUCGUGCGGAAUCGUCCCAUCAUCAAACUCCAGCGCGCCGACACCUCCCCUCCCGACAUGGCUCUUCCCCUCCCUCUCCCCCUCGUUAUGCACUCCGCCGAAACCGACGUCUCGGCUCCCACUGCCCGCCUAGACCAGCUCUUUACCCCGCCCAGGCCUCCGCUUCCACCUCCGCAUUCGCGCGAGCCUACCCCUCCUCGCGCUAGAAUUCGGCUUGAUACGACGCACGACAAUCCUUUUCUUUCGGAACAGAACCCAUUCAUCACCUUCCAGCAUGUACCAUCCCCGCAUCACGACGAACAACACGACACCGGCGUCCAGAAACUUGCCUUCCCCUUCUCGUCUCCACCUCUGGCUCCGUCGGACCUGGCGCCCUCGGCCUACUCGUAUUUGGCUGAACCAUAUGACUACUGUCAUGGCGGAAUGGCGGAGGAGAUCGAUGCGCAGUGGGACUUGUCGGAAUGGGAGGCGGCUAGAGGAGAGCAAGGAGAGAGGGAAGAGAGGAGAUUCGAUGGGACCAGAAUGGACUGCAAGGACUUUUGGAAGGCUCGACCUGCUGUUAUAUAG